CAUGUAAUAGAAAACAUUUUAUUUUAUGUUUAUAAAAAAUUUCGUUAAAAAUGUCCAAUAACGUUAAUAUUUCAAUAGAAACUCCAAAUGAACAUCAAAUUCAAGAAAUAGCAUAUGAUGGAACCGAAAUAUACCAACCAUUACCAACGCUUUCAGAAACGCUUACAAAAUGUGCAUCGAAAAUAGAUUUCAGUAAAACUUCUUUGGAUGAAUUAAAAAAAGAUGAUGAUAAAAAGUCUAAGGCGGAUCAAGAUGCCCAAUUUCAGCCUAGUUUAUGGCCAUGGGACUCUGUUCGAAACCACCUAAGAGACGCUUUUACUGAAAUUUCUGUUCUAUAUGACGUUCUUUCUAUAUGCAAAGAUAAAAGAUAUUUAGUUUUGGAUCCAAUACCACAGGAAGCUUCCGACACUAAAAUAAUGGUUCAAGUUUAUGCUCGAAAAAAAUCUUUGAGUCAAGCGGCAAAUGUUUUGUUGAAUGGUGCUGAACGAUUAAGAAAUUCUCAUAGCGAACAACGAAAUAACCGCAAUGUUUCUGAUUUUCAUAUUGAAUUAUUACGUCUUCGACAGAAUUGGCGAUUGAAGAAAGUAUCCAAUACUAUAAUAGGGGAUUUGAGUUAUAGAACUGCUGGAUCAAAAUUUAUGCAUUCUGGUUUAUUUGAAGUUACAAAAGCUGAAGAAGAAGGAGAAGACGAGGUUGCUGCACCUUCACAGAGCCCAUCAAGUAGCACACAAGGAGCAUUAGUAUCACCAAAAAAUAACUCUGCUUUACGAGUCAAUGUUCCCUCAGAAUUACAGGGUGUAGCAUAUAUCAAAGUGAUUACACAAAAAGACCAAGAAGAUUUAUGUACAGCAAAUGUUAAUUUGAUGGGAAGCGGUCCAAAUAUCACACAACAAACUGGAAUAUGGCAGAAAACUUUAGAGUUUGCCCAAAAUGUACUUUUUUGCAAAGAACUGUUUAGCCAACUUGCAAGGGAAGCAAUACAAUUGCAAGCCCCAAUACCUCAUGUAGUAGUUGGUAAUCAAAUUCGAGCAACACUCUUACCAGGUAUUCAAUUAAUUAUAUCACUUUGUCAUUCUACAACAUUUGAUUCAAACCAACCCGGUCCUAUAAAUGAUCACGAUCAUGUUUUGGAACAUUCAUUACAUCAGCUUUUAAGAGAGGUACAUCAUAAGAAUAGUCAUCAUCCGUUUCCACAUCCAGCAAGUGGACCACUCGGACCAUCAAAGAGAAGAAUGUUAGCUGGUCCUAUGGCAGCUGACAGGCAAGAGCUCCUUGAAAUGACGAAAACACAAACAAUUUUAGAACAAAUAAUUGCUCAAGCUCAACAUAUAUUUAUGAGAAAAAGAACUCAAUACGUUUUAGAUACUUUAGCCAGAGAUGUUAAAGAUCCCCAAAUUGUCUCGCACUGGAAUGCUAUGAAUAAUCCAACAAUGUCUUGCGUAAAAAUUAAUAUAGUUACACAUGGUUAUGACACAAUUCAUAGAACAUCACUAGUCAUUCAUGUAAAAGAACGUUCACUGAAAUGUAUAUGCCGGGACGGACGUGUAAUGCAUCUAUCAUAUGAGCCUCAAGAACUAAGAGAUUUAAUACUAUGUCAAAUUAAUCAACAUCAAAUUUCAUGUUUACUUAAUUUAGCAAAGUGUAUGGCUUGGCAAGUUUUAUCAAACAGUAAUCAUUUAGGAAUUGGUUCGGUUGAGCCAUUAGGAAAUGCAAGCGCAUGUUUAUUAGCGUCGCCAAAUGGUGACCGAAUGAUUGCCGUUCAAAUAAGAUGUGAUCCUCAAAUAGAUGUAAAAGUUUUUGUAGCAAGAAGUCCGAGACAAGACUUCUUUCCAAGUCCACUUGUACCAGAAAAAUUUUGGGAAAAUUUAGGAGGACAUUUCAAAGAGGUGAAAUUUGAUAAAAUGGAGGGUAAAAAUUUUCUUAACAAAAUGGAAUUUCUGAUGGCUUGCUUAUCAAGCACAACCAACUAGAAAAAUUCUUAGUUUAAAAACAAAUGAUUAGUUUAAGUAAAGAUAUUAUUUUUAAAAUAAAUAAGAAGCAGUAAUCAUUAAUAUUUUUACAUUACGUAAUAAGAUGUAAUUGUUAAAAUAAAACAAAAGUA